GGUGCAGUGCAUGCGGUCGUGAAGUAUCUUCUAUAGUGACUCCAGACGAAUGUUUAAUUUAGCAGAUUGUGACAUAUCAUAAUAUAAACUUACAAUUCAGAUCUUAUUACAAGCAACAACUCGAACAUUCAUUCUCAGAACAUCAUCUGGUUACGCGCAAGUAGGGAGUGAAUAUCUAAAACAAUGCUCGGUGAUUUUUAAGUUAUUCCUUCAAGGAAAAGGUGCAUCACUAUUUCUUAAACCAAGCAGUUCGAGCAGGCAAGAUUCAGCUGACAUCCUCACUAUUCAUCACCAUCUUUACCAGAGAGUGAACCGACGAGAUCCUACGAAAUUUCAUGGGAAUCACCAUCAAUAGUAAGGUAGUGAGAGUAUAAUGUUGAGGCGCGGGGUGACGGGACUUGUGAGGAGGCUGCAGACAGAGCACAGAGCAUGCAGUGCUACGACCAUCACCACCACCGCCACCACCACUAAGCCGGCAGCGGGGACAGUUUCAUCUAGUCCAAAGUUGCGAGUCCAUCAGCCUGAGUGCUUAAAACAACCCAUCAAUGUUCCCAGCAAGCUUCUCAUGGGUCCUGGUCCCUCUAACAGCCCCCCGCGGGUCCACCAGGCCAUGCUCAACCCCUUGCUGGGUCACUUACAUCCAGAAUUCAUCCAGAUAAUGGAUGAGGUGAAGGAAGGGCUACGCUACUUGUUCCAAACGAGGAGUGAGGUAGUGUGUUGUGUGAGCGGCACCGGUCAUGCAGGGAUGGACACCACCAUGUGUAACCUGCUGGAGCCCGGCGACGUGAUCCUCAUUGCUGAAAAUGGAAUCUGGGGUGAACGAGCUGCUGACAUGGCCACGAGACACGGUGCUGUUGUCCGCACGAUAAAGAAACCCGCAGGCGAUGUCUUCAGUCUGGGUGAGUUGGAGGCGGCUCUGGAGCAGCACAAGCCAGCUGUUCUCUUCCUGGUGCAGGCAGAGUCCUCCACGGGCGCCUUGCAACCCAUAGAGGGCGUGGGAUUAUUGUGCCAAAAGUACAAUACACUGCUUGCUGUUGACGCCGUGGCUUCCUUAGGGGGGGUACCCUUCUUCAUGGAUGACUGGGGGGUGGAUGUCGUGUACACAGGCACUCAGAAAGUCAUCUCGGCUCCCCCAUCCAUGGCCCCCAUCUCCUUCAGUCACCGAGCCAUGGCAAGAGUGAAUGCUCGCCAGAUCCCGAUACACAGCUUCUACUCAGACAUGACGUGGCUGGCAAAUUACUGGGGUUGUGACGGAUCUCCUCGCAAAUACCACCACACAGGCCCCGUGAGCUCAGUGUAUGCUCUGCGGGAAGCCCUGUCGCUGGUGUGCGAGGAAGGUCUUGAAUCUCUCUGGACUCGGCACGCUGCCUGUGCUCAGAGACUGCACGACGGCCUAACUGCUCUCGGUCUGCAGCUAUACAUUAGUGAUCCCGCCAAGCGAACACCGACCGUCACUACCAUAAAGGUUCCUGAGGGAGUAGAUUGGAUGAGCGUUACGAAAUACUUUAUGACCAAGUACCAAGUGGAGAUCAGCGGAGGGCUGGGACCCAGUGCGGGCCAGGUGUGGCGUGUGGGGCUCAUGGGAUACAACUGCACCUUAGAUAAUGUUGAUCGUGUUCUUACAAUCAUGAAGGAAGCACUUCAUCAAUAAACUCUUGACAGUAGUAACUUAUGAAAACCAGUUACUUCUUAGUUCCUUAGUGGAUAAAGGUGUCAAUCUCGACCACUCUGUUACGGCUGCGUUCCUUGGCGGACAUUUUCAGGAGUGAAGACUGGUAAGAGAAGUCAGUAAUUCCCUUUCUUGCUCUAAUCCUGAAAUUCUGAUACUGAUACAUAGUCUUCCACUUCCAUUAUUACAGAAGCAAUAAUAAUUUUUCUUUAAGUGAA